AUGUAAAAGAAAGCAAGAAUCUUAAGAGGAUAAUAUAAGGAUGUGGUUAGUUUUAGAUAGAUUAACUUAAUUAGUCGAAAAUAUACAUAUUUCUAUGGCGGUCAACUGAAUUCUUAAAUAAAUAGAGAUGCUAUUUAUUAUGUGAAUUCAUCAAAUGGGUACUCAUAUUGUUCUCUUCAUCAGUCAUUCGAAAUCCUUUUGAAUAAGAAAUAUGAAAUCAACACUGUUGUUAUUGAGAUUUGGGAUCGACAUGAUACCUCCCAUUAUGAUUUCGAAGUUUAUAUUAGCUUUGAAGAGAAUGAAAAAAGGAUCUAUGAAAAUGCCUCAUUUGCAGGAUUCAUAAGAAUUAAGUUUGAGGAUCAAUUAGUUGAUAAGAUUAGAAUUUACAAUAGAGGAGGAUCUGGUUUUAAUGGAAAUUUAUCAAUUAUUAAAGUUUAAGCAUUUUACUCUAUUUAAAAUUGA